AUGUACAAAUCCAGAACGACAAAUGAAUGGAUUUUCGGUGGGCUGAUGGCGGCCCAGGCGGUCAUAGUUCUGGCCCUUGAAAUCUUUAUCCUCGUGGAAUGGCAACUGUGGAUGCUACCAAAAGCCAUUCAAAUUACUCCCUCAUACACCGUCCCCAUUGAAGCAGCAAUCAUAUGGUUCGCUUGUAUCUAUGAGUUCUCGCUCUCCCUCGAUGCCAUGCGUCAUAAGAACAACCUCCUGCUGUUCGCCAUCUGCGUGUGUAAUGUUUUUCUCGUGGCCUUCGGAGCCAUGCAAUAUCCAUCUAUGAAGGACUUCUGCAAAACCAUGCCGGAGCAGCGGGCCAUGUACGAUGAACCGCUGGUCGACAUCACGAGGAACAUCUGGCCACAAAUUCGGGGCCCACAACUUGCUGUUCCGAUUUUUGUUGGCAUCUUCACCCUUGCAAUCUGGUGGUUUGCCUUUCAAUUGCACAAACAGUAUGCCUGGUCGAUCUACCGGAGUGUACAAGGUGAUACGCGCGCAAAAGCUCGACAUUUUGCGUACGAAGUUUACGUGGUUUUGGUCAAACUAGACGCUUUCUUCGUCAUCUGCUUCAUUUUAGAAUAUGGCUUGAUUGAUGUGCACUUCAUCGAGCCCGAAUUUGGAUUGACCAUGUCAAUUCCACCCGUCCUAACAUUGAUACUUAUUAUGGGGGUAUACAUCAUCCGCAAGGAGCACAAGCCACUCAUGCUCUUAGUCAUUGCCUGCAAUUUGGGCCUAAUCGCAUACCUGAUAUCCCGGAUCGUUGUCCUUUACGGAAAAAGUCUCCUCGCCUUCACACCAUCGAAAGGCAAAAUGCUACUUUUUGGAUUUGCAUCAUUGGUGUUGACUUUCCUCUCUCUUGGGAGUGGGAUGCAGUGCUUUAUGAACUUUGGCUAUGGACUGAAGCAUAUUCUGGCUGGCAAAGCUCAUUCGGUUCGUACGUCCUAUGAUUUCCACACCAUCUCUAGCCACACCCAUGCCGGAUGA